AUGAAGCAGAGCCAGCAGAGGGCGGCGUUGUGCUCGCGGGCCGCCGAGGAGGCGGAGGAGUCCCGAGGCGAGGCGGAGAGGAGCAGGGCCCUGGCCGAAGCUCGGGCCCUGGGGAGCCAGCGGGACCAGGGGGCCGCGGAGGCCGACCGGAGCCGCCUGGCCGAGGAGCUGCAGCGGCUUAAGAAAGAGCACACCGAUUUGCAGGUUUCCCUCGCUAAAGCGGAGCAGAGCUGCUUUGAAACCAAGCUGAAGCUGGACCGCGAGUCGGGGGACAAACGGGCCCUUCUGCAGGAGAACAGGAGCCUGGAGGGGGACCGAGACGACCUCCGACUGAAGCUGAGACAGAUCACGGAGGACAAGGUCCAGAUCCAACAGAGCGAGGUGGAUUCGAGGCGCAGGGAGGCGGCGGCGGUGCACCAGGGCGAGCAGGCCCAGCGGGCUCGGCGGGAGGCCGAGGCCGAGCGGCGCCUGGCCGAGGAGGAGAGGCGGGACAGGACGGCCGAGUGCCUGGCCUGGAGGGAGAAGCACCGCGAGUUAGCCGACAGGUUCAGAGCGCAGGAGGACCUGAAGGCCCUGAGGACCAGCAAGGCUUGUCAAGCCAACAUCAAGAGUUACUUCCUCUGCAUGACAGAAAGCGACCAGAGGGUUAAAAUUCUCAAAAAUCAAGACGGCUCCCCGAGAAAUUUCACGGAAGGGGAUCCUGUGUACAUCUCCACUCCCGAGUCUAGUGCUGGAGAGCCUGAAAGGAGUUCAUCCAGGACCACGUUCAGGGUCUCCGCCCCACACAUGGGCCCGAGUCGCUUUGACGAGCUGCCCGCCUUCGAAGGAGAGCGCCCGGACUCCGCCCCCCCACGCAGGAGCAGGAAGGUGGUGGAAUACUUCUGGAUUCCCUCAGAGGAGUAGUCGUCAACCAUCUCUUUGCAUGGAACUGUUGUUGUGGACAAUUGAGGCCCAACAAGACCCUGGUCCACUUUUGGGAUUGAAGUGAUUUUAUAUUCAUCAGCCUAAAUAGUGCCGAUUUUGACGCUCCUGUUACUUAAUUCUCUACUCAGACAUUACUCUCCUAAACAUGGAUGAAAUAGGUUUGAGGCUAUUAAAGCUCUGAAUUUGGGAUUUAUUAGCCAAAAUGACAAAUUUGUACAAUUUUGGACAUUCUGGUAAAAUGAAUAACCCAGUAUGUUUCCAUGUGGUAAAGAGAAGUGUUUUCAAAUGCAUAACAAAAACAUUUAGUGAAACUCCAAUUGUUGUCCCCUUUAGUGUGUUAUAGAGUGCAAAACAUUUUAACGAGGAGUGUGAAUAUAUUAAGAAUAGCAGUAAAAAUAGUGAAACUGGUUUUGGUGCUCAUGUAGUUGACUUUAUUGACAUUAAAGCAAUAGAAGGUGCACAAUAACUUUGAAUAUGUUAUAGCAUGAUCUUCAUAAGCAUGGCCUGUUGGCACAUUUUUUGUGUAAAGUAGUUUCUUAUUUAAAAGUAGUUUAUCUGAGGGAGGUGAAUACAUUUUAUUCACACCUUUACUCCAAAAUGCUGAGCGAGACUCCUACAACUCAACAGCGCCAUGAUUUAGAGGGGAAGAAACAAGCCUUUUCUCUUCACUAAUAAUAAUAAUAAUGAACCAAUUAGUGCAAUUGCACCCUCAAAGAUCAGUGACAAGGCCGCUUGUUAAUAGCCUUAUGCUAAAAGAGCAUAGAAUCAGCAAAAAGGAUCAAUAAGCUGCUAUAUUAACAGGGGAAAAGCUUCCACAUUUUUAAAUAAAGAACUUCGCCAAAGGUGAAGUCUCUAAUCUGCAUUUGAGGAAAUGAAUAACAUGCACAGAAAAAAAACAUGUUGAGCCACUCCAGGAUUCAUGUAGCUGAUCGGGACACCGAUAUAAAAA